AACCUAACCUCUUCAUUAAAAAAUGUCGAGAAUCCCCCACGAGAUCAUUCACGACAUUUUGCUUCAACUUCCGGUGAAAUCCCUCGUCCGUUUCCGAUCUCUAUCAAAGCCAAUUUGUUCCUUAAUCGACGGCCCGGAUUUCAUCAAUCUCCAUCUAAACCAUUCCAUCACUACCAAAUCUAAUCACAGUAUCAUCCUCAAAGAGUGGGAUCUUUUCGCUGUUGAUUUUGAUGCUUUAUCUGAUGCGGUUGAGGUUAAACAUCAUCCCCUUUAUUCCGGUGGUGGAACGGAGGUUAUUGGUUCGGUUAAUGGGUUGGUGUUUUUGAGACGUUCUGAGAAAAAUAUUGCUGUGUAUAAUUUGUCUACAAGGGAGUGUAAGAAAUGUUAUGCGGCGGAAACUGAGAUUCCACGGCGGGAUUUGACAACUGGGUAUGUUUAUUAUGGGUUUGGUUAUGACUCUUACGGUGAUGAUUACAAAGUGGUGAGAAUGGCACAGUUCCUUAGAGAAGAUGGCGGCGGUGAUGGUGGUGGUGGUGGUUUCGGUUGCGAGUAUGAAGUUAAGGUUUAUAGUUUAAAGAAUGAUAAGUGGAAGAAGAUUGAGGGUUUGCCGAUUCGGCUUAGGUUAUUAAGCAAGCCCUUUUUUCAUAUUUUGAAUAGGAGAGGGUAUGGUGUUUUUGCAGGUCACGCUUUGCAUUGGAUUGUCCCGCAAAGGCGUGAACUUGGUAUUAGAGAUUGUGUUCUUGGUUUUGAUAUUAGGGAUGAUAAGUUUUUCGAAUUGCCGCAGCCGGAUUAUGAGAACAAGGGUAUGAACUUUCAGGUUGAUGUUGGGGUUCUAGAGGGGAAUUUGUGCGUAAUGUGUAAUUAUGAACAUGUUUGUACUGUG